AUGGGUGAUUGUUGGUAUGAAACCUAUGAGGUACCAAAGAGCAAAGCAUACAGAGUGUGGCAAUUAGUCUCCAACAUGUAUGUCUUCAUAGUCCUACUCAACGAAAUUCUUGCCCAUUGCCGAUCUGAUCUCAAUGAAAAAGAAAAAACUGAUCUAUUUCAAUUCAGUAUUGCUCAUCCUCUAGUUUCUCUCAAGAUCGUAACCUUGUACUAUAAGAAAGAUAAAUUCGCUGUCGUGAUGAAGCGUCUUCUGGAAGGGACAAGAUCCACCUUCCACUCCAUUGAGUUAGAACGAGCAUCUGUGAAGCAGUCUACCAGAUAUUUUUUGAUGUUGAUAAUAUCUGUGUAUAUUACGUUGGUUUCCACUUUUAUUGAUGGUGUCAGAGCUCAUAUUAAAGACGCAAUACCUAUCCGAACAGAAGUGGUUCUUUAUCCCACUCCAGCCGAUACAGGUAUUUUUGUGAACAUACUUCGUUCAUUAAUAGAAAUUCAUUGGUACCAUAUGAUGGCCAUGAUGCUAUCCAUUGACGGCUUUGUGAUCUGUUCCCUCGUCAUAGUCAGGUUCAAGUUUAAAGCUUUGAAACUGUACUGCCAAGAAAUGAGGACUAAGGUAUUAAAGAACGUGGAGAAUAAGUCACGAAUGGAUUUGGAGAAGAGUUUUAAAAAUGAUUUCGUGACUGUGAUCAAGAUGCAUGAAGAUGCGUUGUGGUGUGCACGUAAUGUGCAAGAUUCUAUGGGAACUAUAUACAGCAUCCAGGUAUUGGAAAGUGUAGCACUUCUAGUCAUGUGUCUUGUCAAAUUGGUUGAUGCUGAACGCAAUCUAUUCUACCUGUUAGCUACCUUGGCCUAUGUAGCAUGUCUUUUGGUAAUCACUGGAUCAUAUAUGAUGGCUGGUGGUGAUAUAACACAUGAGGCAGAAAUGGUGCAGACGUCUUUAUACAGUUGCGGUUGGGAGCUUAUUCGUGCUCGCUCCGACUUCAGGGUAUUGGCUGUGGUGGCUCUGCAGCGAAGCCAGGUGCCCGUUCAUAUGACUGCUUUCGGAAUGAUGGUACUAUCUUACGCUAACUUCAUAUCUGAAAGUUCAAUGCGCGAUAAAAAUCUUACAAAGAAGUAG